CCGUGUCGGGAUUGGAAGACACGCCCGCCGUUCCCUCCCGACCCCAGGCGGCGGAGCUGCUGCGGGAGGCUGCGCGUGCGCGCUGGGCGGACGGUUCCGGAGACCGCGUUCUCAGCCGCCUUCCGUCUCCGGCGACAGCAUGAAGACCGCGGAGGACGCCAGAGGAGCGCGCAGCGAAGGACCGCGGGAGAUAGGCCUCUGCCUUCUCUGCGGCCUCCCGGCAGCAGGAAAAUCGACCUUGGCGCGGGCCCUCAGCCACCGGCUACGGGAGGAGCGGGGCUGGGCCGUCGGGGUCGUCAUCUAUGAUGACGUCAUGCCGGACGCGUUCCUGGAGGAGGCGAGCGCGCGGCCAUUGCCAUCCCAAUGGAAGUUGCUUCGACAGGAACUGUUGAAGUACCUAGAAUACUUCUUGAUGGCUGUCAUUAACGGGUGUCAGAUGUCUGCCCCACCCAACAGGACUGCAGCCCUGUGGGAGGAUUUUAUAAGCUGCUUAAAGGAUCAAGAUCUGAUAUCUUCUGCUGCGCUGGAGACCCAGUCUUGCUACCUCUUAACGAAGAUUUCUGUUUCUAGACCUUUGUUUUUGAUCUUAGAUGACAACUUUUAUUAUCAAAGUAUGAGAUACGAAGUCUACCAACUGGCUCGGAAAUAUUCAUUAGGCUUUUGCCAGCUUUUUUUAGAUUGUCCUCUCGAGACCUGUUUACAGAGGAAUGGCCGGAGAUGCCGGGCACUGCCUGCCGAGACCAUUCACCUGAUGGCAAGAAAGAUAGAGAAGCCCAACCCUGGGAAAAAUGCCUGGGAACACAACAGCCUCACAAUUCAGAGUACGCCAUGCUCUUCUGAAGCCAGCCUGAAGUUGACUGAUUUAUUGCUUACUGCUUUGGAAAAUCCAGUAAAAUAUAUUGAGGACAAUGUGGAACAAAAGGAAACAGACAGAAUUAUUUGUUCAACUAACGUUCUGCAUCAAGCUGACCAGACGCUCCGAAGGAUUGUCUCUCAGACGAUGAAGGAAGCAAAAGAUGAACAAGUGCUUCCUUUCAACCUGAAGCUUCUAGCAGAAGAACUCAACAAGCUCAAAGCAGAGUUUUUGGAGGACCUAAGACAUGGAAACAAAAAAUACCUGUGCUCUCAACAAACCAUCCACAUAUCAGAUGUUAUUUCUUGUUUUCAUUAUGAGAAAGACAACAUUGUCCAGAAAUAUUUUUCAAAGCCACAUUAAAACUUCUGAACUUCCGAUCAAAUGUCUGAUUUUGGUAAAGAUUUUGCAAACUAAAACAAUUUUGUGUUACUGGAUGUUUUCUCGCCCAGUGAUGGGAAUUGCCAAAGACUUAUUUAAAAAAAAGCAACAGUCCAUUCUAAAG